AAAGAAAGCUGAGGAGUUUUCAAAGCUCUUACAGCCAGCUGUACAGGACUAUGUGACCAAAAUGAUUGGUCCUGAUGUAGUUGAUGAAGUGAAGACAGGUAAAGGAUCACAGGAUUACAGCACACGGACGGCCUUCCAGUUCUCCAUUUUAGAACAGCUCCUAAUGGGUGGGAAAUAUGAGAAAUACAGAGAAUACAUCAAGCAUUAUAAAAGGUUUGUGAAGGACUGGCUGUUUGGCCAGAUUGUCCAACAACUCUCAAAGGACAGGAGUCUGGAGAAAUUGGAGAAGAAACAUCUUUUAGAGAUAGUCAAGAUAAUCACUGAUACAAUUUCUAACAUCAGAAAAUCACAUAGCACUAUAAAAGAUAUCAAUACUUUCAUUCAGAAAAUGUGUUGUGCCCUUGGAGAGAAGCUUGUCUUCCCCAAGGAUGGUCUGGAUUUGAUCAUGACUCUGAACUACUCUGAAAAUACAGAACAGUUUGCUGACUACCUAAUAGAUUCUGUGGGAGAAUUGGAGCAGUCACUGGCAGCUGUGUACGAUAAGGGAGGAGGCAUCAAAGAGAGACUCAGAUCUCUGCCAUUCAUGCCUCAGGACAAGAUGUUCACCAGUCUGUUUGGCUGUGGAGAGGUAUGCCCCUUCUGCCAUGCACCCUGUGAAGCAGGAGGGAAGGAGCAUACCAAACACUUUUCCUCUAUUCACCGUCCAAAAGGGCUCAGCGCUUGGAGGUAUAGAGAGACAAAGGUGCUAGUUAUUGACAUAUGUUCAUCUCUUGUGAUAAGUGGCGGUUCAUUUUACAUAUCCUCAACAGCAAAAGAAUCUUAUCCCUACAAGGACUACCAGACAUAUUACCCUGACUGGGUCAUAACUGGAGAUCCCAGCGUUGAGGCGUCAGACUACUGGAAGUAUGUGAUGGCUACAUUCAAUGAGAGAAUUGCUACAGACACAGAUGCACUCCCUGCUGAUGUCCCAGAGGACUGGAAGGCAUUAACACCUGAUGAUGCAAUGAAGAGCUUGAAGGGCUCAUUCAACAUGAAAGACUAGUAUUAAACUAGCUAUAAGAAGUCUCUAGUUGUCGACAUGACAACCAUUCAAAGAUGUCAGACUUGACAACCAGAAUUAACUCUCAUGACAUGGAUAUAUCACAGAAUCAAAAUAUGUGAAAUAAUGUACAGAUCUGUCAAUACCCAAUGCAAUUCUGAAAAGAACAACUGCAGCAAGACAAGUCAUAGUUACGGAUACAUUGAUAAAUUAUAUAAAAACUUGGCAAUUUACAGAUCUGAUGUUCCAUAAUGAAAUAGCUAACACUUUGAGUUUUAUGGGAAAGGAAUACAAUAUAGUCAAGUAAUAAAUAAAUAAAUAAUGUUGUCAAUGUAAUUAAAGCAUUUUAACAUGAUUCAGAAAUCACACAAAAGGCAAGAAAAGUAAACGUGAACACAACAGGUUAACCAACAGAUUCAGAGUUUUACUUGAUAAUGUCCAUAGAUAAACACAAUACACAGGUAACUAAUUGUUUAUUUCUUUUAAAUUAUAAUAAUUAAAUUUCUCUCAUUUACUUUACCAUCUAACCUAUGGCUUGAUAUGCCUUAAUCACAGAUUAUGAAGAGACUGCAUCAUUCAGUGGUAAACGUUUGGCUUGGAUUUAGUUUCUCUUAUUUUACCUUUUACAUGUUCAUCUUAAUGUACUUUUUAUUUAAUGAAUAUGCAUUUGUUGUUUCAUAUACAGGUAUUACACAUUCAUGGGUCUUUUAAAUAAUUUACUUCAACAAGAAUGACUACUAAGUAGACUUCAAAUAUAAUGUUUUUAAUUGAUCGCACCUUCAAAUUGUGAUUUGUUCAAUGACUUCAUUGCUUUAAACACAUUAGUUUCGAUAAGGUGUAAUUCCUAAUCAGUGACCAUCAGUAAUGUAACUUCAUUAAUUCUCUUCAGGUGUGCUUGAUGUAUACAGUAUGUUUUAAAGUAAUGCUCAGUGACCAUCAGUAAUGUAACUUCAUUAAUAAUCUUCAGGUAUGCUUGGUGUAUACAGUAUGUUUUAAAGUACUGCACUCUGGUUGUUUUGAAUGCUAAUGAUUAUGAUGAUGAUGUUUGAUAAUGGUGAUUAUACAUUUGGCGGUUGAUAAAGAUUAUAUUGUUGAUUUUCUUUUUGGUGUUGAUAAUGAUGUUUUUUUGUUGUUGAUGAUGGUGAUUUUAUUUUUGUAGUUGAUGAUGUGGGAUUGAACUCUCUAGAGCCUGCAGGAAAUGGCUUUCAGUUGGCCAAACUAUCACCAUGAUGAAGACAAAAAAAAGUUGAGUUGUACUGUUCAAAUAUAUUGAUAUUGUUUAUGAUCUCUUACAAAUGUUAUUUUGCCUGCUGUGAAAACACACACACAUUGUA